AUGACCACUCUGAGUUGGGGAAGAUUUGGCUUAUCUUCAAACCUCCCACAACUGUUAGGCUUUUGUUUGUGGAUCUCCAGUCAAUCAAUCACAGUGGAAGUUACUAUUGAAUCUGGUGAAAGUUUUAUCUACACUGCUGUUUAUGCCUCAAAUGAUUUUGAUACUAGGAAGGAGUUAUGGCUAUCACUACGAGAUACUUACUCCUCUUUCAACCUAGCUGCUAGACCUUGGAUGGUAAAUGGAGACUUCAAUGAAAUCUUGCUUCCUUCAGAAACAUCUAAUCCUGCUAUUCUGAGGACUAAUCGGGCAAUGCGACUCUUUGGUGAUUGCUUAACUGAUGUAGGACUGUUUGAUCUUCCUUUUCAUGGUCCUGCCUAUACAUGGACUAAUCAUCAGCCUACUAGCCCGAUUGGAAAGAAAAUAGACAGAUGUUUGGUAAAUGGGAACUGGUUGGCCACUUUUCCAACUAGUCACUGUUCAUUUGAGGCUCCUCUGUUUUCUGAUCAUACCCCCUGCGUUAUAAACCUGAUUACAAAGCCUCCGAACUAUGGAACUAGGUCUUUUCGCUUCUACAACAUGUUGCUGAAACUACCGUCUUUCCUAGAGACUGUUCAAGAAGCAUGGAAUGAAGCUGGUGAUUCAGCUACUACUCUUAGUUCUCUCUGUUUUAAGCUCAAAAGCCUAAAGAGACCUAUGAAAUCUCUUUGCAAGGAAAAGUUUAGUGGUAUAGAGAAUCGAGUCUUUGAAGCGGCGGACCAGUUGAAAGCUAUUCAGAUGGUAUCUCUACAAGACCCUUCACCUUCAAAUUUGCUGCUAGAGAAAUCAGCAAGGGAAAAUUGGCUACUUCUUCGUCAAGCUGAGGAAAGUUUUUUCAAACAGCGUUCUCGUGUAAAAUGGCUUUCGGAGGGAGACUUCAAUACGUCGUUCUUUCACAAAGUCAUGAAAGCAAGAAACGCUGAAAACUCCGUGAAGUAUCUGACUCGACCGGAUGGCACUCGAGCAGAAACGUCUCAGGAAAUUCAUAUGCAUGCGGUCAACUAUUACGAGUCAAUUAUGACUUCUGUGCGUGGUUUUUUCUCACCUGACCUCCCGGAUUUCUUGGAGUUGCUCCAGUUGCCUAUUUGCUCUCAUGCUCAUCUAGUGAUAUUAACGAAGGAAAUUACAGCGGAAGAGAUAAAGCUAUCCCUUGCUAGAAUGCCAUCAAGUAAAACCCCAGGUCCCGACGGAUUUCCAGCAGAGUUCUUCAGAGCGUCUUGGGGCAUUCUCGGUGCCGAGAUAACAGCGACAAUCUUGAGCUUUUUUCGGUCUCCUUUCAUGCCAAAAGCUCUCAAUUCCACUUCUCUUGUUUUGUUGCAGAAAAGGCCUGAAGCGGAUGAACUAAAAGAUUAUAGGCCAAUCUCUUGUCUCAACACAAUUUAUAAGCUUAUUACUCGUCUCUUGGCAGGUAAACUAAAGUCCAUACUCCCGGAGAUGAUAGUUCCAAACCAGACAGCGUUUGUCAAGGACAGACUCUUGUUGGAGAAUGUUUUGCUAGCGUCAGAAGUGAUCAAAGGCUAUCAUAAACUGAAUCUAUCUCCAAGAAUGACUCUGAAAGUGGACAUCUCUAAAGCUUUCGACUCUGUUCGAUGGGAUUUUAUUCUGAGUGUCCUGCAGGCUCAUAAAGUUCCAUCAGUCUACCUUCAAGCUAUAAGGUCAUGCAUCUGUUCUCCCACUUUCUCUAUCACUAUCAAUGGUACAACCUCAGGGUAUUUUAAAGGGAAAACAGGUCUCAGGCAAGGGGAUCCUUUAUCUCCAUCUCUGUUUGUUAUGGUGAUGAAUGUCCUUUCUUUGAUGUUGAAUAAAGCUGCGUCAGAGGGGAUCUUCGCUUAUCAUCCUGGCUGUGAAAUCCUCAAGCUUACACACUUAUCUUUUGCCGAUGAUUUACUCAUUUUCCUGGAGGGAAACCUGGACUCUUUGAAAGGUGUUUUCCAAGUUCUGAAACAGUUUGAAGAACUCUCAGGCUUAGUGGUAAACAUCUCAAAAACAAGUCUCUUCUGCUCUGGCAUCGACUUUUCGGUUCUAGCUGAUAUUGAGGCAUCUGUGGGUCUGUGUCCUAGUGCUCUUCCCAUUCGUUACCUGGGGUUGCCACUUUGCACAAGAAAGCUCUCUAUGGCAGACUGUGACCCGCUGAUUACACAGAUCAGGAAGAAACUCAAUAGUUGGACCCAUCGGCUUUUAAGUCUAGCAGGAAGAUACACUCUUCUCUCAUCAGUGAUCCCGGGUAUUGUUGGAUUCUGGAGUUCUGCGUUUUUCCUGCCAAAGGCGGUAAUAAGAAAAAUAAAUUCGAUGUCUAGCGCUUUCUUCUGGCAUGGCUCGACUGACUCCGCAAGAGGGGCAAAGGUGUCAUGGCAUGAUAUCUCUUUCCCUAAGAAAGAGGGAGGAUUGGGGUUGAGGAAUCUUAAAACCUGGAAUGAUACUUGCGGUUUAAAGCUCAUUUGGAUGUUGUUUUUCAGGGCUGGCUCCAUUUGGGUAGCUUGGAUCAGGCAAAAGUACCUCUCCCAUUCUCCUUUCUGGGCGUUGAAUGGAAAAAAUUCCGGAUUUUCUUGGAUGUUCCGUCAGAUUCUGAAGUUGCGAGUUAAGGCUAGCUCCCUAAUCAGAACUGUGAUCGGCAAUGGUGAUGACACUUUCUUUUGGUGGGAUCCAUGGACUCCUUAUGGACCACUCAUUCAUUAUAUUGGAGGCGACGGACCUUAUGCAAUGGGCAUUCCCUUAUUCUCCACUGUUAGCGAGCUAAAAACAACUCAGGGAUGGAAACUACCUCCUCCGAGGUCAGAAAAGCAGCUGAAUCUCCAUGUGUUUGUCACUACUUUGACACCUUCUGUUUCCAGUGAUCAUACAGUCUGGGUUAUUGACGAGGUAAUUCAAAAGUCUUUCUCGUCUCGUCAGGUGUGGAACUGCAUAAGAGAAAAGAAACCAGAGGUACCUUGGGCGAACACUAUUUGGCAUAAAGCGAGGAUUCCUAAACACGCUUUUACGGCCUGGCUUUUUGUUCUAAAUCGAAAUCCAACGCUUGAUCGAAUAACUAGAUGGGAUUUUGAGUUAGAACAGACUUGUCUUUUGUGCGGUCUCGAGGCGGAAUCGCGAAAUCAUUUAUUUUUCAGCUGCACUUUCUCUCGCCAGGUUUGGGAGGUCAUUCUUUUAAAGCUGGGGAUUCAGUCUCCACUUUAUCAAUGGGACGUUGUGCUUCAGUGGCUGCCGGCGGCAACCGGAAGUGGGGAUUUAUCAUUGGCAUUACUUCAGGCAUGGCAGGCCUGUAUUUAUGAAGUGUGGUGUGAGCGGAAUAGAAGAUUUCAUCUUGGAGUCACUUUUCCGGUUAGGAAAAUCAUCCGCCUUGUUCUCUUGGUGGUUAAAGAUAGGACUUUGGGUCUUGUUCAGCAAAAUCAGGACAGGCAGAGUCUUCUUUUGUGCUGGAGCUAA